AUGAAAGAGAUGGCUUCCAGUUCCUGUUUUGAUAAGAGAUUCGAAGAAAAUGAAUGUAACUUCAUUGAAGAUGAGCCUUCAUGCAAGCUGAACUGAACUGCUUCAAAAACUUUCGGAGCUGAUAAAAGAAAUCCUCUGAUCUGUAACAAAGGAAAGAUUAGCAGUAGGACCCUGCAGACCUUUCAGAAGAACUUACUGAGCUCUCUGGAUUCGGAUGAUUCUGAAUCAGAUAGCCAACAAAAAGUAAACAUCUACAUCUUUAAAAAUAAGUGAAACGACAAAGUCUCAAAAUUCCAGACUACUAAGCAAGAGUCUUCUAACCCAUGGGUUAUCCACGAUUUAGGAUGCCAAGCCAUGCACAGUAACAAUCGAAUUCCUAGGCUCAGAAAGAACUACAAGAGUUCUUUCACUUGAAAAGAACUUGAUUCGCCAGAAAUUAUGAAGAGGAUCCUUUACAAGAAACCACAAGAUUCAUCCAAACUCCUCAACAAAUCUGGCUAAAUUCCCCAAACAGGCCCUUUCCAGUCUCUUUUCAUCAAAAUAAUCCCUUGGCUCACUUCAGCCAUGCCUGCCCACAAGGAAAGGGGUAUCUAAAUUCCUACUUGAAGGACCAAUAUUCCUG